AUGGGCCAGAAAUCAAAGGAUACUCUGGCUGUGCGGCCUCAGAGUCGAGGCCGGCGCUCUCGCAGUCGCUCACCGAAUCCGAAGGGAAACAAGCCCGCUAAGAUCGCGAGCUACGCUUCCGAGGGUGUGCGGGACAAUGACAUCCUCAAUUUGCCCGCCUCCGACUAUAAGCUGCUAGUGCUGGUAACGCUUAUUGCGGCGGCUGUCCGCCUCUUUCGCAUUUACCAACCGAGCAGCGUUGUUUUUGAUGAAGUCCACUUCGGUGGCUUUGCGACAAAAUAUAUCAAAGGAAAGUUCUUUAUGGACGUUCAUCCGCCACUUGCAAAGCUCUUGAUUACGCUGGCUGGCUGGCUGGCCGGCUUCAACGGUGAUUUCGACUUCAAGGACAUUGGCAAGGAUUAUAUCGAACCUGGGGUCCCAUAUGUGGCGAUGCGCAUGCUACCUGCUAUUCUUGGUGUUCUCACCGUUUCAUUGAUGUUCUUGACACUCAAGGCUACUGGAUGCCGAACUUCGACCGCAGUCAUGGGAGCGGGCGUCGUGAUCUUCGAUAAUGCGCUGACUACUCAGUCGCGUCUGAUUCUUUUGGACUCCCCACUGGUCUUUUUCACCGCUCUCACUGCUUUGUCGUUCAGCUGCUUCAGCAAUCAACAGGAAUUAGGCCCUGCUUCUGCUUUCAAGGGCCCCUGGUGGUUCUGGUUAGUUGCUACAGGUAUCUCACUCGGUGCUACGCUGAGUGUUAAAUGGGUUGGGCUUUUCACCAUGGCUUGGGUUGGAUCCCUGACCCUUCUCCAGUUGUGGGUGGUUCUUGGCGACCCGAAGACCGUUACGCCCCGCCUCUGGUUCAAGCACUUCUUCUCGCGGGUCUUCUGCUUGAUCAUAAUUCCUCUUGCUUUCUACAUGGCUAUGUUUGCCAUCCAUUUUGUUUGCUUGGCCAAUCCAGGAGAAGGCGAUGGCUUCAUGUCUUCGGAGUUCCAGGCCACCUUGAAUUCCAAGUCCAUGCAGGAUGUCCCUGCUGAUGUUUCUUUCGGAUCACGAAUUAGCCUUCGUCACCACAACACACAGGGAGGCUAUUUACAUUCGCACAACCACAUGUAUCCCACCGGCAGCAAGCAGCAACAGAUCACUCUCUAUCCUCACAAGGAUGAGAACAACGUCUUUAUCAUGGAGAACCAGACCCAGCCAUUGGGCCCUUACGGCGAAGUUGAGGGCCCCUAUGCUUGGGACAACAUCACUACCAGCUUUAUCGAGGACGGUGCCGUCAUCCGACUGUACCACACAAUCACGAACCGCCGAGUUCACUCGCACGAUGAGCGUCCGCCUGUGACCGAAGCCGACUGGCAAUUUGAGGUCUCGGCAUAUGGAUACGAAGGCUUUCCCGGUGAUGCUAAUGAUCUCUUUAAGAUCGAGAUUGUCAAGUCCCUGUCUGACGGCGACGAGGCCAAGAAGCGCUUGCGUACCAUUCAGACUAAGUUCAAGCUUGUCCAUGUCAUGACUGGCUGUGUUCUGUUCUCACACAAGGUCAAGCUUCCGGACUGGGGGUAUGAGCAACAGGAGGUCACUUGUGCUCGUGGCGGAACUCUCCCCAACAGUGUCUGGUACAUUGAGUCCAAUGGUCACCCUAUGAUGCCCGCGGAUGCUGAGAAAGUCAACUACCGUAACCCUGGCUUCUUGGGUAAGUUCUGGGAGCUCCAGAAGGUCAUGUGGACUACCAACGCGGGCUUGGUUGAGUCGCACGCUUGGGACUCUCGCCCUCCGUCGUGGCCGACCCUCCUUCGUGGCAUCAACUUCUGGGGCAAGGACAACCGCCAGGUGUAUCUGCUUGGAAACCCACUCAUAUGGUGGUCAUCUACCGCAGCUAUUGGUAUCUAUUUCAUCUUUAAGGCGAUCGCUAUUAUUCGUUGGCAGCGGAGUUGCAAUGACUACCGCCACGUCUCAUUCAAGCGCUUUGACUACGAAGUGGGCACCAGUGUUUUGGGCUGGCUCUUCCAUUACUUCCCGUUCUACCUGAUGGCUCGCCAGCUUUUCUUGCACCACUACCUUCCUGCUCUCUACUUUGCCAUCAUGGUGUUCUGCCAAGAGUUUGAUUUUGUCACGAACCGGGUCAAGAGCCUGGGACUGGCGUCUAAGCCGGCUAUUGGCAAGGCUCUGAUGGCCGGAUUCCUGGUUCUCAGCGUCGCCGUGUUCGCCCUUUACUCUCCACUGAUUUACGGCAAUCCCUGGACGCAGGAUGCGUGCCAAAGAGUGAAGCUUCUGAGCACUUGGGAUUUCGAUUGCAACACCUUUCACACCGACCUGAGCCAAUACGUUACCGAUGUCGACCACUUCAUGAAAGUCUCUCCCACCUCGUCUGCCCAUGUCUCCGAAGCCGCCGCUGCUCAGGUUCAGGAACCGCCUAAGCUUUCGGGCUCUGUGGCUCGCGUCGAGUAUCGCGACCAACACGGCAACGUUCUCGAUGAGAGCCUUGUAUCUUCGCUCCGCGCAGAGGGCAAGGUCAAGUUUGAGACCCGGUACGAAUCCCGAUCGAAACUUGGCGAGAAUGCGCAGGAAAUUCCGAUCGUGAACGGCCAACUUGCGCCUCCACAUCCGGAUGUCGAGGGUCAGAACCCCGAGACCGCCAGUGCUCCCGGGGACUCGGUACCACCUGAGAAGCCCGCCUCUGUGGCACAGGGAAAUGAGCAAUCAACUGAGAGCCCCAACUCGCCUGAGGCGAAGCCUGCAAGCGAAGGCAAUGAAGCUACCAAAUAA